GAGGGAGGGAAGAAAGAGGUUGGAGCAGCCGGCCCGCCACCGCUGUAGCCUCUUCCUCGCCAGCCUGCCUGGCCAUGGAGAGUGACGCCAGCUGGGCGAAGAGCAGCGGCCGCCGGACUCUGCCAAGCCCGGCCAGGUUCCUCGCCGCGCCCGUCAGGAAGUGAAGAUUAUGAGACGGAUUUACUGCUGAGCAGAGGAACUGUUGCUUGUGGAGAUGGAGACCGGUACCUGCAGUUCAGUGUUGCCCCUGACCUCUUGCUUCCGCCUGCUUCAGCUCUGGCCGUUCCUUCUUCUCGCCUCUGCAGUUCCUGCUCACAGCGCUUGGUCCCUUCGCAGCCGGGGUGCCCUGGCAGCACGGUCGCUCUGCAGCCAUCGCAGCCCCCCCGCCUCCAAAUCUGUUUGCAUCUGGGACAAGAGCCCACCCUCAGAGAAAGGAUCUCCCUCUGCCUCACAGCGCCAACGCACCUUCCUUCCCAGAGGGGCCGGCUUGCGCAGCGCAGUGCGGCUGAGGCGUCAGGCUCAGGGGGGCCGGCCUGCCACCCCCUCCGGCUUUGAGGACGGCAUGUCCUCCUCACAGUACCCCUGGGCCAUAGUUUGGGGUCCCACAAUAUCAGUUGAGGAUGGAGGGGAUGCCAACUCUGCCAACCCAGGCUUCCCUCCUCUGGAUUACACCUUUGUUUCCUCCAGUGGAGUGGCAACAGCGCAGCCUAAUUCUCACUCACUUCUACACAAUGAAGGGCUCAACCUGCGCCAAACGCCAGCCACGCUACGGCCCUUCCUCUUUGGGCCUCGGGGUGAAGGUGUGGAUCCACAGCUUUACGUUACUAUUACGAUCUCUGCCAUCAUUGUCCUAGUUGCUAUGGGGAUAAUACUCAAAUUCUGCUGGGACCGGAACCAGAAGCGCCGUCACCACUCCAGCCAGCAAACUGGAUUGCAGCAGGGUAGCCAGCAGCCUCUGACUGACCUGUCACCGGCUACCGUCAGCAUCCUGGGGCCCUACAACGAUUCACCCGUUCCUAUGCCAGAGAUGGCAGAAACUGGACCAGUCCUGGAAGGCAUGGAGAAGCUUGAGGGACUAGGGAAGACGAGUGCCUUCCAGCUCAACAGGAUUCCGCUGGUGAACCUGUGACUGUGUCAGAAGCCGUGGGGCCUGGGCUCCUUUUGCGGCGCGAGACCAAAUGCUGAAUCUGUGGGGGAACUACAGAGAACUGGCAGCCUUCCAAUUAGCCCCGUCAUCCUGUGAGUGUGGUGCUGCCACCCCUCCUGACACAGCAGCAGACGUCUUGUAGAUCCCUUUGUGCCAUGACUGUCCAUCAUCCUUGCAGGCCCAGCCCAAUGGUAGAUGAUGAGCUGAGGUGCCACCUGCCAGGCUGGGCUUCCCAGUGGGCCCUUAUUACUCCAGGGGGUGGCUGGGCAAUCUGACAAGAACAGAGGGGCCAGGAGGCAGAAGAAAAAAAGAGCAAGAGCUGUUAGCGUCAUAGUCACCUCAAAACGAUGUACUCUACAUCCAAUACAUACAGUAUACAUAAAGACACGCAUACAGACAUACACCUUCAUUUCUUCAUAAGCAUGCUUGUGAUCCGGGGCAGGAUACUCUUGAGUCUCUCCAUCUCUCCCAUCCAUAGCCCUUUUCCACAUUAUGUGAUUGAAGAGCCAGCCCCUUUUUUGCAGACAGGUUGAGGGGAAGCCACCUCAAAACUGUAUGCCCGGGAGGAGUGUCGGACAGACAGCAAUAGCAGAAAACUGAUAUCUCUCACAAUGUUAUCCAGUUCCCCAUGACCUGCUUCCCGACAAAUCCACCUUCUUUGGAACUGCUAUCCUUUUUUUACUCCAGAAAUGCCACCAUUAGUGGAGAUAAACCUUAACUCCAGUAGUAGCUACAAGCAGUUCCCAACUGAGCUUUCUAAGGGCUUCUUAACCUACAACUUAAACACUUCCUGGUUGCAGAUGCGUCCUGAGAAGCCAAAGUGAGGGAUGUGGUGUGCUCUCAGAUUAUUGUCUCUCAAUCAUACCCAAAUAAUUAAUGCACAAGUAACUUUUAUUCAGUAAAAACCCUGAGCAAGACACAAAGCAGUGUUAAUUAAAAGUUUCCUCCUUACAGGUUCACAGCCAGUUAGUAUUUCUGGAUGAACAGCCACACAGGAUUAGCAGUGAAUAGCUGUUAGUCCCUCAAGUACUACAUCUUAAAUGUGCCAAUGAUGAAAAGGGAACAGAAACAGGCAGUACCGGUAAAUGGAUGUAGACCUAUAAAGAGGAAGCUUUGAAUUAACAUUGCUAUGGAGCUUUACUGAACAGGACAUAAAUAUUACAGAACAGUGGGAAAAAGCUUUGCUGGAUAAUAUAGUACUAUUAUUAAGUGCACAUGUGGAACUGCUGCUUACAUCUAAUUACAGAAUAAUUAUUAUUCAGCAGCAAUGAUACACUGCAAUGUGGAAGUAUUCCAUGCAAUUUUUUUGGUCCCCCUUCCUCCUUUUCCAAACACACCAUUCUGGACUUGUUUACACAGCCCAUAAAUACAAUUACUGCAUUUUUUUAAAAAAAAAGCAUAAACCACAAUCUUUCAAGUAUUCCAGAUUCCUCAUAACCAUUAAUUUGGAUUUAGUACUGAAACGUUUUUGAACUUAGCUCUCUCGCUUAUCUUGCAAAAACAAACAAAGCAAAACUCCUAACAGUUUCUGUCUCCUGACUAGGUUCAAGGGAUUGUGACUGGGCAUCACAAUAGUGCUGAUCCAAUCCAGUUCAGAGAAAAUAGUGAUUUAAAAGUGAUUUAAAUUAGUUAUAGCAACUCACUUAUCCUAUGGCUAGAACAAGGACAUACAACACAAUCCCAAACAUUUGGAUUCCGACUUAAGUUUUCUCUGAGCUCAAUGGGACUUACUCUGCAGUAGAUGUUUAGGAGAACAGCCACUUCUUUUUGCUUCUCACAGAGGAAAAAUAAAAGUUAUAUGGGAAUCUUUAUAAUUAAAAAAAAUACAAAACACAUAUAUUUUAAUGAACACAGAG